AUGUUCUUUUCUAUCCAAAUUCUUUUCAGUAUCCAAUUCACAGUCUUGUUGUGUUCAAUUCAGACAACAAGGCCAUCCCAGUUGCGUGGAUAGUAGCACCUAGGUGUGCAAGUGGAGACAUGGUUAGAUGGAUGAGGGCUCUUUAUAAUAGAGUUCGUACCAAAGAUCCUACAUGGAAGUUAGCUGGGUUCAUUGUGGAUGAUCCUUUGACUGACAUCCUGUCUAUAAGGGACGUGUUCCAGUGCUCUGUCCUAAUAUGCUCUUGGCGGGUGCGUUAUGCAUGGCAUAAAAAUCUAAUGAAAAGAUGCUCAGAAAUGGAUCUGCGGGCUGCUAUAGCAAAAAGGCUUGGUCAGAUGAUACAUAGCAUUUGCAAAGGGUUAGAAACAGCAAAUUUGUUUGAAGAUUUUAUGCAAGAUUUCGCUGAUGCUGCCGACUUUGUGGACUACUUCAAGGCAACGUGGUAUCCAAGAUUAGGGCUAUGGACUGGUGCACUCAGAUCACUUCCUCUUGCCAGCCAAGAGACAUGUGCAGCAUUGGAGUUUUACCACAACCAAAUGAAGCUCAGGCUGUUGAAUGAGAGGGACUCGAGUGUAUAUAAUCGUGCGGAUUGGCUUGCAGAUAAGCUGGGCACAAAAGUGCAUUCUUAUUUCUGGCUUGAUGAGUACUCCGACAAGGAUGAUUUCGUGCGGUAUUGGAAGGACGAAUGGACAAGUGGAUUGACAGCCUGGCGAAGAUCUCUGCUGAUCCCUGAUGCUGACGUGGCAAUCAACGGUGACUGUGCAAACAUCGUUGACCAGGGAGACCGAACGGUAGUCCAUGUUAUACGAAACCUGUCUUCCUCAGAAUAUGCACUCUGUGAUUGUGAUUCUUCAAUAAUGGGCAACUUAUGCGAGCACGUUUUCAAAAGCAUCAAAUAUCUUCGUGAAGGUGGGCCCGGUUUGUUCUCCGUGAGUAUGUUUCAGUAUAAGCAGGCAUUGCUUAAGGUGCUCCACUGCCCGCCUUUUGACUCUUUGAUCCGCGAUCAUGCACUCUCUUUAGCCGUCUGGGUGAAGACACAGUUGUCUUCCUCACAAACAGUUGGACCCACUGCUAGAAAUGGGAUUUCUGCUGACAACAUUGCCAAGGAGGAGAUGCCUUCUCUUGAUCAUUUCCCAGAUACAAGAGAAAAUCUCCCUUGCACCGAUUUGCCAUUCUCUAUUAUAAACAAUCUUGAUAGUGACCUGAACAAAAAUGAUUCUGGGAUUGAGGUUACAGAGGGAAUUCAAUAUAAUGUGAACCAGAGAUGUUCUUUAGGGCAUGUAAGCAGUGAGUAUGCUCCACACGAACCAUCGAAGGAGAUCGUGACCUACAAACGAAGGAAAUAUCUAUCCACGUCAUCUUCCAAGUAAGGUUAGUAAUGUGAUGACUAUUACUCAUUACUAGCUAUUGCAAUGACAUGAGUGCAUAAACGGAUGCAUGAGAUUGAGAUUGGUAGCAAAAGGUCAUUUUUACUGAUUGAUUCUAUGGUUGGAUUGUAAUAAGUAUGACUAAUGUUUGGGGUACGCCAAGCUUAAUUGACCCCAUUUUUCGACACCAUUGCCUUAACAUUCUUCACAAACACGGAGCACUGUUCCCAAAAAAUGAGGUCAAAUUUGGGGUACUUUAAUGUUUUUUUGUAAUAGUAGAGUCAUGCUUGGGGUACCUCACUUCAUUCGACACGGCUUAAGUUAAGGGUCCGUU